UUGUCACUUUUGUAGUUUCUGGAAUCUCAUUAGAUCAAUCCAAUUUCUAUGGAUCAACCCCAUGGAGCAACUACAACAACGAAAAUUGGCACCAGUGGUUUAUCACGUUUCUUCCAAAGAUGGCGAAAGGACUACGAGUCAACAGGCCGAAAAAGACUUCAUACCAAAGUCAUCAAAAACAUCACAGAGUUAAAAAGAAAGAGAGAAAGAGUCAAAGCAAGUCUAAAGGAAAAGUAAACGAAAUAAUAGAUCCACUGACAACAAGUGAUAUUCUGAAAAAGAGAAGGACAAACCCAAAAGCCAAUAUAACAUUGUCUUCAAAAAAGAGGAGACUGUUACUUAAAAAACUGAGAAGAAAUGAAGCUAGAGAUAAUGAAAUGGAAGUAAACAUACAGAAGCCACCUGAGAUGUCAGAAGCUCCAAAGAAAGAUGGACCAAAAACACAAGGAAUGGAUAUUGAUUAGCAAAGGUAGCUAGAUAGUAAGAAAACUUGGAAGAAGUAGCUCAAUUUUUACGCCACUGUCAAAUGUUUAUUUUGCAAAAGAUAUAUAUUUACCAAAAAGCAGUCUCAGAUAGGGGCAAAAGUUAACCAAGAUUUGAGUCAAAAUAUUGAAAUCAGUCAAAGUAUUGUACAAAAUACUUGGAUUUUGGAUUUUUUAUCUACCCAGUGGCAUAACAGAGGCACCUGAGACCCUUGGGGAAAAAAGACAGGGCCUCUAUUUGAGGACUACCACUUUUUUAGACCCCUACUUUUCUCAACACUCCAUGAUGCCUGUAAAUUGUUUCUAAAGUUGUGAGGCUAAAGACAAUGUUUGGCUAUCGUUUCCAUUGAACGCCGUGCUUUCUCAAAAGUUUUCAUGCACUUGAAGGGCCUUAAAUUAAAUUAACUUUAAUUUUAAUUCGAAAAUAUGACAUGAUUGCAGCUACUUCUACUACCUGAAACAAGGAUCUUCAAAUGGCCAACAUACAAAUUUCUUGCUUCUUGUACAUAGUUGAGUAAUCCAAAAUACAGUGUCACGAAAUCGGAAAUUUAUUAUCGAAUUGUCAAAAUUCAAGUUAUUGAGACUCAAAACUAUACAAAUUAUUUAAAACCAAAUUGAAAAUUCAUAAUUUUCAUGAAAUUAGCUAAUUAUAAAUGACAAAUUUUGGUUGGAGGGGCCCCUUUUAGUUUCAAAUCCAAGUAGCUUUGCUUUGAAUUUUGAGUCUGAAGUUUUCUGUAUUUAAAGCAGAGUCAUUGAUCAUUCAUUAGCAAGCCUUAUAAUAAACGUGUUUUCUGUAGUGAAUUUGAACACCUGUUGUAUUUUCCUGUAUCAUUUUUUUGACAAUCGACACUAACCUCUUUAAAAGGGGGAUUCAACAUAAAGGAGAAAUUCACUGUAGGAAUUUCUCAGUAAGAAUUUCUCAUAAAGGAGAAAUUCCUACAUGUAUCACUGUAGGAAUUUAUAUAAACCUUUUGUGUCAUAGGGAAGACUAUAUAUAAGGCUAUGAUUUAUUCACAAACACAUUACUGCAAGGCUCUGGACUUUUCCAGUUUCAAGUUGUUUUCACUUGAUAUUGCUUGAAAGUAUUGUUUUUUCUUGAUAAGCUCAACUCUUUUCUUUAUAAACCAUGCACUGCAGAAACUGUUCGUUUUGGGCUACCUACCUAUGUCAUAUUGUUGGCACGAAAAUUUUGGGUUUGAAAAGUGCCCUCAAAAUUUUAAAACGCGCUCUUUGCGUCUUGAAGAAAAUUCGUUUGUGCCUUAGCUUUUGUGCUAUGAAACAAAAAGCUUUUCCCACAUUCUUUGUUACUUUGCCAGGACCCACUUCCUCUGUCCAUCUUUGUCUCGGCAAUGGAUUUUGCGGAGAUAUUGGGCCUAUCGAUAAUU